UACCUGCAGGGGGCGGUAGCGUCCUAUGUAUGUUUGAUCAAGUAAGGUGAAGAAGAAAUCCCCGCGUCCUGUCCAGUGUAGUUGUUUAGAGCAGCGUGAAAAUCACAUAAAUAUUAUAAAUAUGUUGCCUCUUUCGUUGCUGAAGACGGCCCAGAACCACCCGAUGCUGGUGGAGUUGAAGAACGGAGAGACAUACAACGGUCACCUGGUGAGCUGUGACAACUGGAUGAACAUCAACCUGAGAGAAGUGAUCUGCACCUCCAGGGACGGAGAUAAGUUCUGGAGGAUGCCUGAGUGCUACAUACGCGGCAGCACCAUCAAGUACCUGCGCAUUCCCGACGAGAUCAUCGACAUGGUCAAGGAGGAGGUGGUGUCCAAGGGCCGCGGCCGCGGAGGAAUGCAGCAGAACAAAGGCCAGCCAGGCAAAGGUCGUGGGGGUGGAGCCGGCAGAGGUCUGUUUGGCGGCCGUGGCAGAGGGAUGCCUGGUGGCGCUGGCCGGGGUCAGAUGCAGCCAGACAAGAAGCCUGGCAGGCCCCAGGGGGGCAUGAAAAACCAGCACUAGAGUGCCCUGCUCUCCCAACAGGUCUGUCAGACACCCAUCACCACCACCACCAACGGCUAGGAGGCUACAAACCGAGGCCCCGGUAAAGGCACUUCUCUGAACCACAUCACUCUUCCACCAUUAGCGGUUAGCCCUUAGCUGGAAGAGGUUAGCGGCUAACUCCCGCUGGCAUGGAAGAUUUGCGAAUAAACAAAAGCACAGUCAUUGUUUCCUUGAGAGAUUUUGGGAACAAUUGCUAGACAGCCUUGUUCCACCGUAGGAACCCAUGAAGAUGCCUAGUACAUCAGUUUUAAUACUUGGCUCAUGGAAAUGUCAACAGCUGUUUGGAUUUAAUUGUGUUGUUGGUGUUUGCUAAGUACAUUUUACGUUAUUUGAUCUCUGUAUGACUUUCUGUUCAUGUUUAGUCCAGGUGCUACUGCUGUCAUUCGAUUUAUGUUUGCUUUUUUCAAACCUGGGUAUCCUCCGCAAGAAUCUCCGCCUGAACUUCCAGUGGUUUCUUUGAAUUUAUAAUUAUUUUUAAAAUGGCGUCCAGUGUUUCCUCUCAUGUUAUUUUUAAACUAGCGUGGUUCAUUUAGUUUAAGGGAGAUGGAGCGCAAUCGGUAAAUUGUAUGGAUAUCUGGAGACUUUAGUUACCGUUGUCGUACGGCAGGAACGAAGAAUCUACUCAUUUGUCAUUGUUUGUCUGACAUGUGCAUGUCCAACGUUUGCUGUUGGAGGGUUUAUUUUUAUUUUUGUAAGAAAAGACAAUGUAAUUUAUUUACACAAGAAAAUAAAGUGUCUUUUGUUAAAGCGUU